AAGAUAUCAAUGUGCCAUUUUUAAUCGUCAUCUUAAUUCCGUUAAUUUAGGCAGUGGGAAGAUUUUAGAGAUUACGAAACUAAAUCCAAUUCCAGAUAGAGCACCCAGUGUGUUAUAUAGCAAACCAAAUCAGAAAGCUCUUAUUGGACAUUAUAUUGACAUACAAUGUAUCUUUGGUGGCAAGCCGAUACCAUCUAUAUCGUGGAAAAACAAUGAGUUACAAGCAAUUACAAGUAACUCUGAUAAAUAUGAAUUUAUCGACACUUUACGACGCGUUUUACGAGUUAAAAAUAUCCAGGAGUCAGACGAAGGAACUUUCACUUGUGAAGGUGCAAAUACUCAAACAAAUACAGCAACAACAGCUCUUAAUGUCACAUCUCGUCCUAUCUGGGAAAAGUCCUUAUCGUCAAUUACGGUUGCAGCAACAAGAGAUGCUAGUAUGACCUGUCAAGCAAAAUCAGUAAUAAGGGAGAAUCCACCAGGACCACCAGAAUGGUUUGAAAAUGGAGCCCCCAUUCCAAACGAUAAAUUUGACAGUGGUAAAUAUGUGUUCGGUAAUGAUCAACAGAUAUUGAAGGUGACAAAUCUUGUAAAACCAGAUGAUACUACAUGCUUCCAGUGUAAAGUUACCAACUCGGAGGGUUUUCGAUUUGCUGAUGGAUGUCUGGAUGUCAUAGAACCCAUUGUGAUUACAUCAAGACCUCCAGCUGUUCAGGAGAUAUUGAAAGGUGAUAUCGUCAAUUUGACUGUUAUGGCCCAGACUAACUCUCCAUGGCCGAUUCAGUAUAAAUGGCUCUUUAACAAUCAGACUUAUGAUGAUAAGCCACCUUUUGUUACUUACAAUGAAACAUCUAAAUACGCAUACAUCAACACAGAGGAUUUAUCGUUUGAGGAUUAUCGUACUAUUAAUGGAACGUACAUACGGAUGGUGUAUAAUGUACAUGAAAAAAUCAAUGUUACAAUUCAAGUUAUCUUGAAAGAAGUUGAAAGACUUCAAACUCCGAAGAUUACAGAACCUGAUGUCGCGAAAACAAUAUAUUACAAAGCCACGGAUGAAGUGAUAUUAGUAUGUCAAGCAGAAGCAAAUCCUCAAGCUCAAUAUGAAUGGAUGAAAGACGGUCAGACUAUAGUAAGUGACUUUAUAAAACAAGAUCCAAUUACUGGUGAACUACAGAUAGCCUCUUUAACUCGCAGAGAGACAGGAAAAUACCAAUGUUUCGCUUCUAAUCAAAUUGGAACGAAAACAAUAAAAUCCAUGUCACCCAUCAUAACAGUCGACUUGGCAUAUCUAAACAGUUGGGUGGACACUCCAAGGAUACAAGCAACAGAAGGGGAAGCAGUUCAGCUGACAUGUGACAAUGUACCUUUAUGUAAUCCGCCUGGGCAGUUUAAAUGGUAUAAAGGUGACGACGAAAGUAGCGAAGUUGUACAGGAUGACAGAAUAGCUAUAGAUGCAGAGGGAACUCUUCAUUUCGUCUAUGUAACAAAAGCUGAUGAUUUAAGUGGAUUAAAGUAUCAAUGUGCCAUUUUUAAUCGUCAUCUUAAUUCCAUUAAUUUAGGCAGGGGGAAGAUUUUAGAGAUUACGAAACUAAAUCCAAUUCCAGAUAGAGCACCCAGUGUGUUAUAUAGCAAACCAAACCAGAAAGCUCUUAUUGGACAUUAUGUUGACAUACAAUGUAUCUUUGGUGGCAAGCCGAUACCAUCUAUAUCGUGGAAAAACAAUGAGUUACAAGCAAUUACAAGUAACUCUGAUAAAUAUGAAUUUAUCGACACUUCACGACAAGUUUUACGAGUUAAAAAUAUCCAGGAGUCAGACGAAGGAACUUUCACUUGUGAAGGUGCAAAUACUCAAACAAAUACAGCAACAACAGCUCUUAAUGUCACAUCUCGUCCUAUCUGGGAAAAGUCCUUAUCGUCAAUUACGGUUGCAGCAACAAGAGAUGCUAGUAUGACCUGUCAAGCAAAAUCAGUAAUAAGGGAGAAUCCACCAGGACCCCCAGAAUGGUUUGAAAAUGGAGCCCCCAUUCCAAACGAUAAAUUUGACAGUGGUAAAUAUGUGUUCAGUAAUGAUAAACAGAUAUUGAUGGUGACAAAUCUUGUAAAACCAGAUGAUACUACAUGCUUCCAGUGUAAAGUUACCAACUCGGAGGGUUUUCGAUUUGCUGAUGGAUGUCUGGAUGUCAUAGAACCCAUUGUGAUUACAUCAAGACCUCCAGCUGUUCAGGAGAUAUUGAAAGGUGAUAUCGUCAAUUUGACUGUUAUGGCCCAGACUAACUCUCCAUGGCCGAUUCAGUAUAAAUGGUUCUUUAACAAUCAGACUUAUGAUGAUAAGCCACCUUUUGUUACUUACAAUGAAACAUCUAAAUACGCAUACAUCAACACAAAGGAUUUAUCGUUUGAGAAUUAUCGUACUAUUAAUGGAACGUACAUACGGAUGGUGUAUAAUGUACAUGAAAAAAUCAAUGUUACAAUUCAAGUUAUCUUGAAAGAAGUUGGAAAUAACUUUCUUCAAAAACUUUAAACAAAGUGGCGGAUGUAAUGCAGGAGUAUGCUUACAUAUUUCCAAACACCUAACACUACUUUUCAUGUGGACGUAUUAUGCCGUCGCCCCUGUCCGUCCGUCCGUCCACAAUUGUUUGUGGACUCUCUACAGGUCACAAUUCUUAUCCGAUUUUGACGAAACUUGAAAUAUAUGUUAAUCCCCAAAAGAUCUCGGCUGCUUUCGAUAUUGGCAUGUAUCGGAUCGAAACUUCAUGGUUUAUGGCCCCUGAUUGUACGAAAAAUCACGUUUUUAGCUUGUGGACCCUAUAGAGGUCACAAUUUUUAUCCGAUUUUUUUAAAACUUGAAAUGUAAGUUUAUAACCCAAAGAUCUCGGUUCCUUUCGAUAUUCGCGCAUAUGGGACCGUAACUUCCUGAAUAAUGGCCCCUUAUUGUACGAAAAAUCGCGUUUUUAGCUAGUGGACCCUAUAGAGGUCAUAAUUUUUUAUCUGAUUUAAAAGACCGUAUUAUUAUAUCACCAUUACACCCUAAGGAUUGCUGAGUUCGAAUUUCGUGAAAAUCGGCCUAAAAUUGACAGACAAAAUGGCCGCCAUUCGUUCUCAAAUAGCGUAAAAAUAUGGUAUAUCAAGGUUGUGGACCCUAUAGAGGUCACAAUUUUUAUCCGAUUUUGUUGAAACUUGAAAUGUAAGUUUAUAACCCAAAUAUCUCUGUUCCUUUCGAUAUUUGCACAUAUCAGACCGUAACUUCCUAAAUUAUGGCCCCUGAUUGUACGAAAAAUCGGGUUUUAAGCUUGUGGACCCUAUAGAGGUCAUAAUUUUUAUCCGAUUUAAAAAAACGUAAUAUUAUAUCACCGUUACACCCUAAGGACGGCUGAGUUCGAAUUUCGUGAAAAUCGGCCCAAAAUUGACAGACAAAAUGGCCGCCGUUCGUUCUCAAAUAGCGUAAAAAUAUGGUAUAUCAAGGUUUUGGACCCUAUAGAGGUCACAAUUUUUAUCCGAUUUUAUUGAAACUUGAAACGUAAGUUUAUAACACAAAGAUCUCGGUUCCUUUCGAUAUUUGCGCCUAUCGAAUUGUAAUUUCCUGAAUUAUGGCCCUUGAUUGUAGGAUAAAUCACUUUCUUCUUAGCUUGUUCUCUAUCCAUCCCUCGAAAAUGUGGGCGUAUCCUGCCUGGCAGCCGCUGGUUGUUUUUUUUUAUAUACACGUGCGAAAGGUGUUAGUCUUGUAGUAAUUUUUCGUCUUUUUAAUUCUUAUAUAUAUAUAUAUAUAUACAUAUAGAUUCUAUUUACGCUUAGUUUUUUUUGUGAAUUUCAUUUCAUCAUGAUUUUUAUACAUGUAUUAAAUUUAAUCAUUUCGACAUUCCUUGUUGUAUUUGAAGUGAAAUUAGAAAUUUUGUGAUUUAGAAAAAUCUCCAUUUAGAAAUUUUGAGAUUUGGAAAAAUCUUUGUCAUUCAAAGUAAUGAAAUCUCUUUGAAUUUUAGUAAUAUAAAGUUUAAUCAUAGAAUUUGUAAUCUUAUUUUAAUUAAAAUACCAACUUAUGAAAUCUUGAUGUUAUUCAAAAUCAUUAGGCGUCGGAUAACUUCAGAUAUGGCUUCUGUGAAUAUUUCAUAAGAAGCCACCCAUACUAAUUCUGAUAAAGUUUGUCUAUUAAUUUUUGUUUGUAAUGAUUAACUUGAACACGUAUUUAGAAUUGAAAGGUAGAAUUUUUUAUAUUUUGAAAGAAAAAAAUAACCAUUCCAUCAAUUUAAUAAUUAGGCUCAUUCCAUAAAUUUUAAGUGCUGUAUGUUUUGUGUAUGAACACCCCUCUUGAAUAUGGUAAUGCUAUCCUCUUUGCUUGAGAUUUCAAGUAAUAUGGAUUUGUCCAUGUGACUAUAGAGUGGUGUUACAUAAGAUAUGAAAAGGAAAGUAUAUUUUUGAAAUGUUUUUAAUCGAUUUCAUUAUGAGUUAGCUUUUAGUUGCAUUCCAUUAGUAAAAUAAUAAGAUGUACAUUAAUAAUGCUGUUACAACUGAAGAUGCUGGGUUGAACCCAUCCGUGACAGACCUUGUAUUUCCACUGUAAUAUCUCAUUACUAAACCAAAUAAAUCUGGAUAAGCCAGGCAUCAAGCAAACCAUAAGUCUGACAUUUGAUGGUUCCCGUAGGGCUAACGAUAACAGGAAUCUCACCAGUGGAAAUACUCGAACACAGCUUAGGGCUAGUCUGAUCCUAGUUUUUGUCAUUCAGGAACAGGGAUACUGGGAGUCCAGUUCAGUCAACUGAUUUUUAAAUUUUAUACAUUUUUGACAUUCGUAAACUAUAAUUAAACAGUUAUAUAUUGAAAUGUUUUUAGAUUUUUUGGAAAUUCAAAAUCUAAUCUUAUUCAGAUUCAAUUAUUUUGAUUUCUGUAAAAAUAAAACUGUCGUUAUUUGAAAUUAGAUUAAAUUAAAUUAUAUAAAUCAUAGAAUUUGUAUAUUAUAUAAUUGUAAAAAGUUUGGAUUAUCAAGUGAUUAACUUAAGAAUAAGAUGUUAAUGUACAUUGAUAGAUUGUCAUAGAAUCAUCCUUCACCAUCUUGACAAAACCAAAACCCAUGAAAUGUUUGGACAUUAAUUUUGUUCAGCAUAUUUAAUGUUAUCAUAUUUGUCUGUUAUUUUGCUAUUCUCCUAAAAGUAUUCAGUAAUUGAAAUUAGUGAUUGAUUUUUCACACUUCAUGAGAUUUAAGAUAUUCAGAAGGACUACCAUGUCCAUAUAAGGUUAAAUAUCUUGGUGUUCUUGGAACAGCCAAGCUUUUAUUGGCAGGUUACAGUACACAAAUAUGAACACCACGCAUUGAUAAGUAAAAUUGAGUCGGUUAAAAUUUAAUAUAGGAAAGAAAAUGAAUUGAAAAAUGUCUGAUUUUAAUCUAAUUGGGAAAAGGGUUUGGUUUUGUCAAGAAGGGUAAUAUAUUUUAGUAUUAGUUAUUAUAGGUGUAGAGAUUUUUUGCUUGCCACACAAACUAACAUUUAUAUCGGAGGGAUCCUUUCCACGUAUAUUUUAUAAAUUGUUAAAAAAUCUUUUUAUAAAUAUGUCAAAUUAAUUGACAAUAAAAAAUCUCCCUUCUA